AUGACUGCACUUCCCGCACAGACAGAUGGCAGUUCUCCCCAAACAGCUGGAGACCCUGCCUCAGUGCCUCGGGAUGAAGAGCAUCAGCCCAGCGAUGCUGUACUGCUUCUAAACUUUCAGUCCGUCCCAACACCUCCAGAAUCACCCACAGAGAACCAACAGAACCAGGAGUCGCAAGGGGAACCUUCUCUCCAGGAAUUCCUUGGUCAGGAUCGGACCUUCAUCCUUCCGCCGAUUGAGUCAGCACGACCAAGUCCUGAAGAAGAUUUCAGAUCAGCUUCUCCUUCAUCUCAGGAGAGUUCCCUAAGGCAUAUCCACCCAGCACUUGACAUCACUGGAAGCGAAUCUGAUGGAUCAAGUGAAGAGGAAUCUUCUUCGAUGACUGCAUCCUCAUCUAACCUCAACUCAGCUAGCUCUUUAACAUCAUCUUCUAGAGCUCAAGUUUGGACCAGUGCUGAUGCAUUCUCCAGCAUCCACAAGGCAAUGCAGUCUGUCACCCCACCAAGAUGUAACAACGUGGUGAGAGAGCUGAAAGACCUUGCUUUGUGGUCAACAUCAAGCACAGCCAGGACCAUAGAGCUUGGAAGAGGUUCGAACGGUGCAGUUUACCUCUUCAGGCAUGCGACGACAAAAGACCCCAUCGCCCUGAAGAACUUCCCUCUGUCCAGAGACCCUGCGCACCGUCAACGCCAGCUGUACUUCGUGAGCGAAGAAGCAGGCAUCCAAAAAGACCUAAGUGCAUUCCGUCACUUUCCCCGGUACUACGGGUAUGCCACAUUGGAUUGCCAUUCUCUUGCUCUGGCUAUGGAGUUUGUAGGUGAUGCCCAACAGGGGAAGAGCAUCACCCUGGCUGACUCCCUGGAUGGAAGACCUUCCGGAUGGAAGCCGCAGGAGAAGUUUUCUAUCGCCCUGGACAUUGUUGAGGGAAUCAACAUCAUGCAUCGUCGAGGACUCCUCAUCAACGACCUGAAGUGCAACAACAUACUGCUGAACAUGGAGGAAGGCAGAAUGAGGGCCAAAGUGAUUGACUUUGGUCAUGCAACGAGACGAGCUUGCCCUUCCCAUGUGUACCGUCUCAACCAAGACGACAAGAGACGAUAUCGCACCGAAGGGCUUUACAACCACGUUGCACCCGAGGUUGCCCUUGAUGGCCAGUUGCCUUCCAUCAAGUCAGAUGCUUUCCAGGUUGGCUGUGUCUUUGUGAGGAUGGGCAACCGUUUCCAGCUGGAUGCCCUCCGGAACAUCGGAUACGAGUGCUGCGACGUGGAGCCCAAGAAGCGACCAAGCCUCGUUUAUGUUGAAGCCGUUCUUCAAGCCCUCAAGUCAGCAUUGUAG